CAUCUCUACUACCGAGUACCUCUAACCAUCUUGAUUCUCUCCAAGAUGUCUCCCUACCAGUUCUUGUCACUGUCUACCAAGCCUUCCGCCCAACUAUGCUAUAGCUUCCAUCCAGCUGUGGGCACUGCCAAGCCCGUGCUGAUUGUCUUUGUCAAUGGCCUUGGCCUGCCACAGACAUCCUGGGAGGGGGCCAUUACACGUCUGCAAACACAGCCUCCCGCUGCUGGACUGCCCGCCAUGUUGACCUAUGACCGCUAUGGUCAGGGGCAGACCACAGACCGGGAUCCCGACGACAACACCGAGGAUCCCAUGCACGGCCAUGAUACAUUGACUGUGGUCCGGGACCUUCAUCAAUUCAUUACUCAGAUCGCGUCCGAGCAAAUGGGUAUCUCCAAUCUGAACCCGGGCAGUCUGUCCCUCGUGCUAGUCUCCAACUCUAUUGGUGGCGCGCUGGUGCGGCUCUAUGCUCAAGAAUAUCCCGGCACAGUGGCAGGCCUUCUCUUCCUGGACAGUGUGCUAGCAAACUCCGACUUUGUCUCUAUCUACCCGGACCCUGAUGCACCUGGCUUCGACCCAACCAGUCUGCCAGAUGGGGUGACGGUGGAUGCGAUCCGUGCUGCUCGCGCGUACAUGCAACGGGUAUUUCACCCCAGUAAUGGUAGUCGCGAGGGGCUCAGCCGGAAGAAUCUGGCGCAACUUUUGCCGGAUAGCGAUGGACCCAAGUUGCAGGGGCCGGAUGGCGGUCCCUGGGUAACGGUUAUUGGCCAUGAGUUUGAGGCGUUCAAAACCGAAUUUGAACAGAUGGGUGGCGCCCCGCCAAGACUGACUGAAGUCUAUAUGAAUCCUUACUGGCAACGGUUUAACGAAGGAUUGGCUAAGCUUACUGAGCCUGCUCGCAGUAAGGGUCCUCUGCAGGCACCAGGGGCCGGCCAUUUUGUCCAGCGAGAUAACCCGGAGCUCGUGGCAAAUGAACUACGCGAAAUCCUCGACAAGAUUCUGUGA